AUGCAAAAGUUUCGGAAGCUGUCGUAUGGCACACGACUCGGCAUGCACUCACCCCGCGGCGACUACGAGCCGGAGGGCAUCACGUAUCCCCACAGCAGCACCAGCGGUGGCGUAGGUGUACUGGGCGGCGGCGCUGAGGGAGAGGAGCAGGCGGGGUUGGCGGAGCGCGUCGGACUUCUCAAGCGCCUGAGCGAGUGGUUUUACCGUUUCACCAGCAUGCGUGGCGGAAAGCUGGAGCUGAACUGCGUGUGCUGCGAUCACAUCGGCGGCAACUACGCUACCUAUCACACCACAGCUAAUGUUUAG